AUGGACUACUUGACCCUAAACCAGACCACACCACCUGGAUACUCAUACCUCGACAACCCCCGCCCUGAACAUCGGGGAGGAGGCAUCGCAGUCAUCUACCAGCACAACCUCAAUCUUCGCCCCAUCUCCAUCCCUGCCACUACCACCUUCGAACACCUGGUCUUUAGACUCUCUGGUCCCAGACUUCUGAGGGAGCUGGGGUGCUGCUCCGGAGCCCGUGGCCCACCGCCCCUCGCUGCUCCGCGUCCCCAUCCUGAGAUAACCUUUCCCGGAGGCGCAGGGAAGCCGCUCCCCAGCUCUCUUUAG